UUUUUUAAUAAUAUUAAGCUUUUUUACUCAUAAAAAUGCUAUCCUUCAUAGGUAAGUAAUAAGUUAUGAUCUCUAGCCUCAUGAUUACGUUCGUUUGAUAUUUUCCAUAUCAAUCCAGGCCCGACUAGUCAUAACAAAUCCAGAUAUGGCCAAAACUGAGCAAGAAUAUGAAUGUUUCUGGUCUUUACUAUAUUGACUUCCUUAGCAAUCGUCAUACUCCUUGAUCCAAAAUUGUUGGGUUCUUCCAAUCUGAGUGGUACUUCCCUUACUACAACCACCAAGUCUCGUACAAGCACGAUCAUUCCUCCCUGCCCAGAUCCUAUAAUACCUGAAACCCCAGAUGAGUCCACUCCACUCCUGACUGAUUUCAGAGAGGGAACUGAGUUCAACCCAGGCUCUCUAUUCCAAGUCAGCAGGCUGCAAAGUGACAAGGCUACCUUCGAUAGUCUAGCUAUGAUACCUUACCAGUCAAGAUUUCUUUAUGCAUUCAGUUGGGGCUUCAACUUCGCAAUCAGGAUUAAGAAUCGACCAUAUAAUGCAACCUUAUAUCCCCAUCUGCAGGUCCUGUAUUUCAAUCGUGGCUCUAUAUCCUCGGGGGGCCUAGACUUGGUAACCUGUGAUAUAAACAACUUUCAUCCGGAACUUCAUCCAGAGCUGACUCAAAUUGGAAUUCAGAACUUUCUUUGAUUGGAAAAUCAAUACGCAAUAAUUUUAGAAGGAAACAGAGUUAAUCCAACUAACCAGUAUUUCCAAGUAUGGCUCAACAGAUGCUAUGGAGGGACGUGUGUCGACUCAAAUGUUCAAUAUGAUUACCUUUCCGGAUUAGAGCUAGAAUUAGUCUUAGUUGAAAUGUAUUAUAACAUGUGGAUGCCCUACCCCAUAAGUUUUGGACUCAAAAAGGAGAUUUUUACUAUCACUCCAGAAGAAACCCUCAGAUAUGACUUAAUGCUCGAAGAGACUGUGAUUUAUCCGAUGAAUGGCUGGUCAUAUUCCAUUUUUGAACAAAUUGUAGAGAAUAAAGAAUAUUCCAAAGCUGUAUAUUCCAAUGUCAACUUCAUGUUGGCUGUAUAUGGAAGUGAUGUAUAUCACACUAUUCGUGAAUUCAGUGAGUUCCAGUCUAAUCCUCCUCCUUUCCACAGGAACCUGAACAGCACUGCAGAUUUGGAAGAAGAGAACAAAAUGCCUCUCCUACAUAAAAUAUUUUACACAUUAUCUAACCUGGGAGGACUGUAUAUUAUCUGAAUGUUUUUCCUUGGAAUGAUCUUGAACCCUAUAAUCUCCACAAUUUUAUCAUUCAGACUUGUAAAUUCAGCCAAAAAGGCAAAGAAUUUAGCAGCUAUGCUCCUGGAGAAGGACAAAGAGGAGAAAAAGAUUGAAAUCAAUAAGCAUUUGAAAAAUCAAAAUAAGCUGGACAAUCUUGAGGAAGAAGAGAAAGUCCAAAUUUCUCCAGAAAGGGAAGGUGAACACUCAUUCUACCAGAAUGAGGAGCUUCAGCACGAAGGAGGAUCUCAGAAAUACAACUUAAUUGAUGAACAAAGACAGUUACACAAAGAACUGAAAACCCUAUCAGGGAACAUACUCUCACAAUCAUCAGAUUUAGGUGUAGGGCUACCCACAGAGGUGGUUUAUGGGUAGUCCAACUUUGUUAACUGUUUUAGAUGGAAAGACAUCCUUUUUGAGCUCCUGUGCUGAUACAAGUCAAGGUUACCCACUAACAAAAAUAGCCUUAGCUCAAGAAAUAUCAAGUUCAUUUUUGAAGAAGAUGCUUUUAACCAAGAUAGGGACAUCAUCAACAUUGUUAAUAGAAUCUCAAUCCUUGAGAUGAGAUCUGAGAUCCUUACUGAUAUUCUGUAUGAAGAAGAAAUACAUAGAAUAGACCAAAACGAGGGAAACUCUGGAGAUCGAUCACCUUUGCAGGAGAAAGAUAAAAAGAUUUUGUCUCAAGAAGAGAUACUUAAAAUAUCCAAAACACAAUCCAAGAAUUCAGAUUCCUUGCAAAAACCAAAUUCUGAAGGAGACUAGAGUAGAUAUCUGUGCGCUUUGGAUUUGUCUGAGGCUUUAGCUUUGUAUUUCCAGGCGCUCAGCCUCCCAAAUCCUGUUCAUCUCAAGAUUAGGGAAUAUUGACUAUUUCAAUCUUA